CAGCCACUAUGUGACUAGACUUUAACUCCAACACCUCUCAACAGAAACUUUGCUCUUCUUGACAUUUCGUGGCUGAUGCUCGACCACUUCGUUGCUCUUUAAUGGCCACGCCCCAGCUCGGUUUGAUGCAUCGCCUCUUCCUCGUGCUGCUGCUUCUGUGUAUCUGACAGUGUGCGCAGGCCAGCAGCUCGACAGCUCGUCCCAGCAACAGAUUCUUUCAUUUCACAUAACUCUGAUUGUGCGUCGUGUAUGAAACAUGAACCUCAGUCUCCCCGACCAGAACAUGCACAGCUCCUCUGAAGGCUGCCUGGAAGACGACAAACCUGACAUCAUGUUGCCAUGCUUCCGCAGAAACAUGUACGACGAGCCUCUGGCCUCGUACUCCAACGGAUCCAUCAUCUCCCAACUCCUUCGCAAGACAAUCCACAACAAGAGGGCACUAGAUGAAAGCCAUUUCUUUCUUUCCUCUUCUGCUGCUCCUGACUCCGGCCAGGAGGACCAGAGCAGCGUCUCGUCUAAGGACAGCACUAUGGAAGCUGCCUCUCCCGGUGCUCAUGUCUCUACAGGAGGCAGCCCAGAGGGAGAGCAUCCCAUCAGUGACCACCUGCAGGCCAAGAGGGCCAGGGUGGAGAACAUUAUCAGGGUGAUGGCUGGCUCUCCAAACAGCAGGCAACACGGAGACAGUGAGAGGUUGGACACUGAUGCCCGAGACACAAGAGAGACCAGGGAAACAUACAGGGAGAACAAACGCAAACAGAGGCUGCCUCAGCAUCAGGAGCACAGCAUUGGAGGACCAGCAAACAGACGUCCUGGAAGCACUAACAGUGACAACUGCAAUACUAAGGAUGAGGAGUGUCACAAGCUGAAGGAGCAGCUCCACAGCAUGCAAAGGCUCCUGCGUCAGCUGCAGGAAAAGUUCCUUCAAGUUUACAAUCAGGAGGACCCUGAACACAAUGACACGCAGGAGCCAGAAUUGGCUGCUGAGCAUGACAGCCUGGGAGAAAGCUACACACACACUGAAGAGGAUUUUGAAAGGAAGACUAAGGACAGAAUGAAAGUAGGUUAUCUGGUCCACCAAAGAGAAAGUCAGAACCUGCAGGAGACGCUGAAGCAGGAGCUUUCUCAGGCUGUGAAUGACUGUGUGGACAGAGUCUUCAAGAAAGUCUCAUCCUCAGGGUUGGACCUGUCCCCCCAGCAACGCAUGUGCUCCUCUCCGGACCUGCAGAUCAACAUGGGUGCUGACAGGAAGAGCCAGCAGGUGGGUUCCACCCAGGAGCAGCCCCUGGCAGAGGAGGCUGCAGGGAAACCCCACUCUCUGGAGUACUAUGAAAGCUCUGAGGCCCAAAGCCCACAGGACCAGACCGAGGCACUGUCCCUGGUGGUGCGCAAGCCAGCUAUAACCCCUCUAAGCUCGGUCAACCAAACAGUGAAAAGGCCCUAUCCUGUGCACCAGACGCCGUUUCAGUUCAAUUACCCAACUCCUCUGCAUGACAGUCAAAUCCUGGAGCAUCUCCUGAAGUACGGGCCACAUUCCAGCUUCGGGGGACUCCCCUGCAUGCCUCCAUCCAUGGACAGGACCUCCCCGGACUCAGUAGAUCUGCCCUGGGAAGCCAUCUCCAUGAGGGCCAAGGUGACGUCUAGCCACCUGGGACACCACCCGCGUCCCUCCGCCCUCGGGGCAGUGGCAGUCGACAAUCUGUGUCUCCCGCAUGUGAAGAUGGAGUGUGGGGAGCUGCAGAGCAUGGCUGAAAGAAACCCCUACAUGUCACUCAAUAUCCAGGAGGGUCUCACCCCAAGCCACCUGAAGAAGGCAAAGCUCAUGUUCUUCUACACCCGCUACCCCAGCUCCAACGUGCUGAAAACCUUCUUCCCUGAUGUUAAGUUCAACCGCUGCAUCACCUCUCAGCUCAUCAAGUGGUUCAGUAACUUCAGGGAGUUCUACUACAUCCAGAUGGAGAAGUUUGCCCGUCAGGCCAUCGUGGACGGCAUCAGUGAUGUCAAAGACAUGACAGUCAGCAGAGACUCAGAGCUGUUCCGGGCACUCAACAUGCACUACAAUAAAGCCAAUGACUUCCACGUUCCAGACAGGUUCCUGGAGGUGGCUGAAAUCACCCUGCAUGAAUUCUACAACGCCAUUUCUGCAGCCAAAGAUUCAGACACCUCUUGGAAGAAGGCCAUUUACAAGGUGAUCUGUAAGCUGGACAGCGACGUGCCUGACGAGUUCAAGACAUCCUCCUAUUUAUAGGCCAAAGCGGAGAAUAGUAACAGUAUUAUAUCAUCCUUUCUUGUAGUGCAUUUUAGUGAGGUGAAAUGUAGGUGUUGGAUAAUGAAUCAUUUUGUAGAACUGUAAAAGCACACAAACACAUUUAAAAAAAAAGAAGGAAGAAACUAGUCUUAAAUACUGAAUGUUCUACUUUUACCUACAAGCUAAUGAUUCUUGAUGCUCUUGUGGUUUAUUCUAUUGUUUAGUGUUCUCUUAUACUCUGCCUCAUCACAUUUAGAGAGUUUGUAGGUGUGUACAAAUGUUUACAAGUGUUCUCUUUCUCUUCAGUAUUAUUAAACUCGAGUGUAGUUUAGUUUGUACUGAUUUAGUUGAACUCGAAGACUUGUUUUUUUUUUUUUUGGCAAAUGACUGUCAGUAUUACUUUGCUUUAAUACUACUUGAUUUCCUAGCUGUGUGUGUGUGUGUGUGUGUGUGUGUGUGUGUGUGUGUGUGUGUGUGUGUGUGUGUGUGUGUGUGUGUGUGUGUGUGUGUGUGUGUUGUGUAAAUGUUCAUGUUGCAGUUAUGUGUUAUAAUUAUGUUUGGCAGAAUGUGCAUGUGAAAACACUGCAAAGGUUUUAAUAUCAUGUAUAAAGGUCAUGUAAAGUACAAUCAUUUUCACAUUUCAGUCAGCAACACUGUACUGGAUGAUUAUUGAAAUUAAAGAUGCACUAAAUUAUAA